GGCGCGGGCGCUGCGGCGCAGGCUGCCGCCGCGGGCGCGGCCGAGGCCGGCGGCGCGGGCGUGGAGGCCAGCCAGAGGCUGUACAGGAGGUGGAAGGAGGAAGACCAGCCCAACGCCGAGAAGAAGCGGCAAGAGGUGUGGGCGGAGGAGGACAGACGGCGGCAGCCGCAGCUGUCGGCGGGCUCCCGCGAUAUACUCAGUGAGUCGAAUGCCAUGGCCCGCAGCCAG